AUGGAUGAUCAAAUAAGCGAUACGAGAAUAUCGGCAAAUGAUAUCGAUCCAUGGUCACCUAAUGCUAAAGAAGCGUGGAAAGAAAUUAAUGAACAAAACAUGAAAGCUGAAGAAGAUGAAGAAGCUGCUAAUAAGUUUGACUUGUUCGCGUACAAAAUUGAUGAAGCAACGAAAAUCUGCGCUCGAACAACUAACGUUUGGCAUUUGGAAGCAGAUACCAUCCCGAAUACUGUGUUGAAAUACGUCCUCGCUGAUAAUCCCAAGGAGACACCAAUAAAUUUUGUUCGAGUUGGAAUUGGAGCUAAUGUCGCAAUAGAAAAUUUCUUCAAGGAGAAAGUUAGUCCGAAAUCCGAUUUUUUCGGAGCCGAUCCUUCGUAUAUGGUAAAUGCGCCACUAUAUGAAAGUAUCGGAACAUUCUUCCCAUUUGCUAUCGGCAACUCAACAGGAAGAACUGAAGCUGUUGUACGUAUAGCAUCGGAUAGGAAAAAGACACAGACAGUAGAUCACAUUGGAAUUGAUACGUUUUUCAAGCGUUUAGUUGGAAAAAAUGUUAUCGACUACUUGUUCUUUGAAGGCGAGGGUAGCGAAUAUGAUAUGAUGGCGCAUUUGGGGAAGAAUGGAACUCUUGAACAAGCUGGAAUUGCAAUCUGUCAAAUGAAUAUUGAAUACCACCGUCCGAAACAUCUAAAUGAUCCAAGGAAGCGAACAUUUAAAAAACAUGUUUCGAAGUUUAUAAAAGAUGGAAAGUACGUUUUGCUGAACGUUAAUAAUGUAGGAAAUCUCCGAUUAUUCUGGAUAAACGUGUCUUCAAUGGUUUGUGUGAAACGAUAUUUGGAACGCUUGUUCGCCAACGACGUCGUAUUCUAA